AGGGAGACGGAGAAGAGACUCAAACGUUGGACACGCAGGAGAUCCCCCAUCCUGGCUCCGGUACUCCCCAGCAGCGGCAUUGCCGGCCUCGUCGGCGCCGCCAAUGGCAAGCACCACCUCAUCUCGCCCACCCACACCCCGCUGAACUCUCUGCCCCCCCUGCCGGCCGGCAUAUGCAGCAGUGACAGCGGCAUCUCCACGCUGAGCGCCAUCUCGCCCCCACUCUCGACCACCACAGCAACGAGUGGCGGAGGCGGUGGCAGCCCUCAGCUGCGAACAUCGCCGGCCCUGAGCAUGCUGGGCAGCGCCACGGCGACGGCGAGCGGCAAGACCACGCAGAGCCUAACGGCCGGGAUGCUGGGCCCGGCGGCCAGCAUCGACCUGGGGAGCUCCCCGCUCUCGCACCGCAACUACAGCCACUCCCUGAAGGGCUUCAGCUUCCGGCGGAGCUUCGACGACAAGAUCAUCACCCCGCCGUAUCUGUCGCGAGCACCGCCCGCAAUUCCCUAUCCGCACUUUCACGCGCCGCCGCCCACCUCGACGACGUCGCACCAUCUGCACCUGCACCACCACGGAACCGGGAAUGGCACGGGCUCCGGCUCCGGCGCUGGCGGCCUUUACUCGCCGGCCCAUCAGCAGCCGCUCUCCUUGUCCGCGGUGGCCGCUGCCCUGCCGCUGGCGCCGCUCUACGCCUCGCCGCUGCAGCUGCCGCUGACCUCGUCGCAGUCCACCACCAAGCUCUCCUACCGGGACGACUUUCUACAGCAGAUUGGCUAUCUGCCAACGACGCGCAUCUACAGCACCCCGACAAGCAUCGUCGACGAGGACAAGGCCCAGCAGGACUUCCUCUCGCUGUCCCUCUCCCCGCCGCUCAACCGGCGACGGGACAUGCCGGCACUGCGCGGACCCUUCGUCAGCCUUUCGGAGCCCCGCGGGACCUUGAGCACGACAGACGAGAUCUACCCUGACUCGUCGGACAGCAGUCUGUACGUGUCGGACGAGGAGCAGGAGGACGCCUCUCAGUAUUGCCGCGGCGGCUAUCAUCCGGUGGUCAUCGGCGACAUAUUCGACAAUCGGUUUCGAGUGGUCCGGAAGCUGGGCUGGGGUCACUUCUCCACCGUCUGGCUGUGCCGGGAUCUCAAAGACGAGAAGUACGUGGCCCUGAAGGUGGUGAAGAGUGCUCCGCACUACAUCGAGACGGCCGCAGACGAGAUCCGCCUGCUGGAGGCCAUCCGCGACGCGGACCCACUGGACGUGAAGCGGGAGCGCAUCGUCCGGCUGAUGAACCACUUCACGGUGCGCGGCGUGAACGGGAUGCACACGUGCCUGGUGUUCGAGGCGCUCGGCUGCAGCCUGUACAAGCUGAUCGUGAAGAACAACUACCAGGGCCUGGCCAUCGCCCAGGUGCGCAACAUCAUCAAGCAGGUGCUGGAGGGGCUGGACUACCUGCACAGCAAGUGCAGCAUCAUCCACACGGACAUCAAGCCGGAGAACAUCCUCCUGGUGAUCGACAAUGCCGCAGCCAUGAACCAGCAAAUCGACGACGAGAUCAACAGUCUGCGCGUGAAGGGAGCCGACUUCCCCGACUCGUACAUCAGCUCCAUCGAGAAGCAGACCAAGACGCGGUCCAAGUGGCCGCUGAUCGAACCUAACGGAUCCACGAACACCAACACGAACACGAGCAACAGCACGGGCAACAACUCGACCUCUUCGACGCCUCUGGCCGCUGUGGCCAUGUCCUCGCUGGACAAGGACGACACCACCACUUCGUCCACCCUGAACUCGAACACCACCUCCUCGCUGGCCUCCAAGUACUCGAGCCUGCUCGGCGACAGCGAGUGCAACGGCAUCGGCGGUGGCGUCAGCCUGAUCGGGGGCCUGGGUGGUGGCGUCGAGAGUCCCAUUCUCAACAACCGAUAUCGAACCGAGAAGAAAAUCACUGCCAAGUCUUCCGUCGAAUGCGAUGACGACACCCUGGGCGACCACAGCACCAUGGCCAGCGACACGCCUACCGAUGACCCCGACGCCAGUCCCAGUGGCCAGCCGGCGGACAAGCAGCUGCCCAGCUCCAACUCCAAUUCCAACCCCGCCUCCACCAACAACUCCUGCCCCUCCUACAACGCCAACACGAAUCCGAAUACCAACCCAAAGAUCAACACAAAUACUCAAAGCACGUGCACGUCCAUGCCCAGCGAGUACACCAACAACCAGAACUGCCCCUCCACAACCGUCACAACCGCCACAACCGUCACAACCGCCACAACCGCCACUCCUAGUGCAACUCCUGCCACAGCCUUAGUUUCCAUCUCCACCUCCGCCUCAGCCACGCCCCCCAGCACGUGCACGUACUCGUUCACGCAUCUAGCGCCAACAACUACGACUCCAACCGCAACAACUGCAACUGCAAGCACAGAGCUGUACAAUGGCGACCAUACAUCUACAACUACAACCAACGCGACCUCAACAACAACAACAACAACAACAACUGCAACAUCAGCAAACACAUCCGCUAAACUAAAUGUCCAUGCCAAUGCCAUAUCUUCGCAGAACCAGAGUCAGAGUAGCCAGAACAACACCUACACGAUACAGUCGCUCAUCAGCAACAGCAACGUGCGGGUUAAGAUCGCCGAUCUGGGCAACGCAUGCUACGAUUACCAUCACUUCACCGAGGACAUACAGACGCGGCAGUACCGAUCGAUCGAGGUCCUGCUGGGGGCACCCUACAACUAUACCGCCGAUAUCUGGAGCACCGCUUGCCUGGCCUUCGAGCUGGCCACCGGCGACUAUCUGUUCGACCCGCAUGCCGGCGAGUCGUACAGCCGGGACGAGGACCACUUGGCGCACAUCGUCGAGCUGCUGGGCUCCAUUCCGCAGUCGGUGAUACUGCGGGGCAAGCACGGACUCAAGUACUUCACCAGUUAUGGCAACCUGAGGAACAUCACCAAGCUGAAACCGUGGAGCCUGAUGAACGUGCUCGUGGAGAAGUACGACUGGGACCCGGUGGAGGCCAAGAAGUUCUCCGACUUCCUGCUGCCCAUGCUAGAGUACAAUCCCGUCAUACGCGCCUCGGCGGCCGAGUGCCUGCAGCAUCCCUGGCUCGACCAGGAGGAGUUCGUCUAG